AUGGCUCCCGCCGCCCUCGGGGCCGUGCUGGCCUUCGGACUGCAGCUCUGGGCCGCGGGCCACGCCGUGCCCGCCCAGGUGGUGCUCACCCCCUAUGUCCCGGAGCCCGGGAGCUUGUGCCAGCAGAGAGAAUAUUAUGACGAGAGGAUCCAGAUGUGCUGCAGCAAGUGUCCUCCUGGCUACCACGUCCAUUCCCAGUGCACCGAGACCUCCGACACAGUGUGUGCCCCCUGCGAGGACGGCAUGUUCACCCAGCUCUGGAACUGGGUGUCCCACUGCCUGAGCUGUGACUCCCGCUGCAGCUUUGAGCAGAUAGAAACUCAAGCCUGCACCCGGGAGCAGAACCGCGUGUGCGACUGCAGGCCGGGCUGGUACUGCAUGCUCAAGAUCCAGCACCGGUGCCUGCAGUGCGAGCCGCUGCGCAAGUGCCCGCCUGGUUUCGGCGUAGUCACCCCAGGAACCAAAAUGUCAAAUGUGGUGUGUGCUGCCUGUGCCCCAGGGACAUUCUCGGACACGGCGUCCUCCACAGACACCUGCAGGCCCCAUCGGUUCUGUGAGUCGACGGCCAUCCCCGGAAAUGCAAGCAGGGACGCGGUCUGCAAGUCUGUGCUCCCCUCCCCGCGUGUGACCACAAGCUUAGACCUCAAGCCCCAGGCGGCGUCCACAAAAUCCCAGCCCACGGAGCCCACGACAGGACCCAGCUCAGCUGCUAGCAUGUCUGUCCUGCUCCCUGUGGUCCCAAGUGCCCCGGCCGAAGGGAUCAGCACCGGGAACAUCUCUCUUCCAGUUGGACUCAUUGUUGGCGUGACAGCCUUGGGGCUGCUAAUGAUAGGGCUGCUGAACUGUGUCAUCCUGGCCCAGAAGAAAAAGAAACCCUUCUGCCUGCCCGGAGACGCCAAGCCUCACCUACCUGCUGAGAAGGCCCCGGUCACUCCUGGCUCCGAGCAGCAGCACCUGCUGACCACGGCGCCCAGCUCCAGCAGCAGCUCCCUGGAGAGCGCGGCCAGCGCUCCGCACGGGGGGCCGCCCCCCAGGAACCAGCCCGGCGGGUCCGGGGAGGCCCAGGCUGGUGGGAGCUCAGAGUCCUCCCCCGGCAGCUGCGGGACCCACGUCAACGUCACCUGCAUCGUGAACCUGUGCAGCAGCUCUGAGCACGGCUCGCGGUGCUCCUCCCAGGCCAGUGCCACGGCGGGGAACGCGGGCCGCAGCCCCUCCGGCUCCCCGAAGGACGAGCACGUCCCCUUCUCCAAGGAGGAGUGCCCUGUACGGUCCCCGCGCGGGGCCCCCAGGACUCUGCGGCAGAGCCUGGAGGAGAAGCCCCUGAGCCUGGGCGUGCCUGAGGCAGGCACGAAGCCCAGCUAA